AAAUCAGUAUAGAUUGUUGGAGGCGUUAUCUGACUGCCAGGCACAGAGAGGGCGCGCGGCUCUUUGGAGACACAAACACACCAGGAGAAGUGAGACUGAAAUAAAAAACCUAAAUAUCAGUUUUGUAAUUUAGUAGUUGUCCUGAUCAUUUUGGUGGGAACAGUUCAAGAGGUGCGAAAAAUGCGUCGCACCUCAGCCUGGAUUGGCUGGGCUUUAUGUUUGUGCGCAUCUCUGGCUGUGCGCGCACAGGACUACACCGAGGACGACGAGAUGAUCCUGGACCUGAUCCAAAAGGACAAAGCUGAGCCUGAAACCGGAACCGAACCAGCUGCCGAGCUCCUCAGGUGCAACAAGGUGGCCUGGCGCAUUCCUGGACAGUACCUAGUUAUAUUACGUCAGGGGACGCACGAGUCUCAUCUCCAGCGGACCAUCAGGAGGCUGCGAGCCAAAGCAGCCAGGACAGGAUACUUGGUGGAGAUCCUGCAGACCUACUCUGGAGCACUGCGUGGCUUUCUGGUCAAAAUGAGUAGUGACGUCCUUCACAUGGUGAUGAAGCUUCCUCAUGUCGACUACAUAGAGGAAGACUCAUCCAUCUUCGCUCAGAGCGCCCCCUGGAACCUGCAGAGGUUACUGCAGCCUUAUGGUGACUUCUCUGAAAACGGAACAUACAGACCUCCCAAUGAUGGAGGGAGGGCGCAGGUGUAUCUGAUGGAUGGCAGCGUGCAGAGUUCUCACAGAGAGGUUGAAGGACGAGUACUCAUCACAGACUUCAAUAACAUCCCCGAGGAGGAUGGAGUCAGAGUUCAUAGACAGGCCAGUCAGUGUGACAGCCACGGCACACACAUGGCGGGUAUUGUGAGUGGAUCAGAUUCAGGCGUUGCUCGAGGGGCCGGUGUUAACCUGGUUCGUGUGCUCAACUGUCAGGGUAAAGGGACCAUUUCAGGAGCUCUGGCAGGAAUGGAAUACAUCCGAGCCACUUUACUGGCCCGUCCAGUGGAUGCAGUAGUUGUGUUGCUGCCUUUUGUUGGUGGCUUCAGCCGUUCACUAAACACAGCCUGUCGAGACAUGGUGGCGAACGGCGCAGUGGUCAUCGCCGCUGCAGGGAACUACAGAGAUGACGCCUGUCUCUACUCACCUGCUUCAGAGCCUGAGGUCAUCACAGUGGGGGCAGUUAACGCAGUGGACCAGCUCAUGUCACAGGGAGCGGGUGGCACUAACUUCGGCCGCUGUGUUGAUUUGUUUGCACCCGGUGAUGACAUCGUUAGUGCCAGCAGUGACUGCAGCACCUGCUUCACCUCCCACAGUGGAACCUCACAGGCUGCUGCACAUGCCGCAGGUAUAGCAGCAGUGAUCCUGUCAUCCAAUCAGAUUGCGUCACCAGUGCAGGUCCUCCAGUUGAUGCUGCAUUACUCCAUCAGCAACACUAUCAACUUCCUGUCUCUGUCUGAAAGCUAUCGUCUCACUACUCCAAAUCUGGUAGCAGCUAUGUCUCCUGCUAUCAAAACAGCACCAAAUGAGGAGCUUCUGUGUCGGUCAGUGUGGUCAGAGAGGUCAGUAGUCGCAAGCACUGACAGGGUCAUCAGCCGCUGUCGUCAAGGGGAGGAAAUGAUGGGCUGUAGCAGUUAUGAUCCUGAAGGCGUUCAUGCGGGGGAAACCAUCACUGUGAGCAGUCGACACAUGGAGUGCGUUGCCCAUAGUGGUCCAGCAGGUAAAGGUGUGUAUGCUGUGGCCCGCUGCUGUGUGAUAGGCGGCCUGCAGUGCCAGGUCCACGCUAGUCCUGAGCCCGGGCGAGAUGCUCAGUGUGUCGGCCCGCAGCACCACCUGACCGGAUGCACAUCUAUGUCCAAAGCUGAUUCGCGCCCACGUCACAGCCAUGGGAAGCGCUGCAUGGUGAAAGACGGGGUCACAUCACACGCGAUAUGCUGCCGUGCUCCAUCUCUCGAGUGCCAGCUGCUGGAAAUCACAGCUGACAAAAAUCAGGUUGAGCUCCCCUGUCCUUCCGGCUGGACUCUGACGGACUGUAGCGCCGUCUCUUGGGGCGCUGCUAUCUUGGGGUCAGUUGCCAAGGGAAACAGUUGCCAUGUCCACAGUGCCACGGGAGUGGACGGAGCAGUGGGCAUCGCUGUCUGCUGUCGUGUCGCUCCACCAGAGCAGCAAGCUGCAACACCUCACUGAUACAGUUUCACCUCACUUUGGUUUCCAACAUCAUAUCACUGCCAUUUUUGUCUUCGAUCGGUUUUAAACCCUCUUAUCCUUUCCUGAGACACUUC